UUCGCCUCGAGCUUAUAAUUCCUCCCGGCUCCCUAUCUGGCCCUGGAGACAUUCCUCCUGCUACGUCUUAUGUUUAACACGUGUCCUAAAAGUUCAGGCUUUGAUUCUACUUCAUGAUGCAGUUGCAGUCUAGCCCUGCGCUUCUUCUCGUCGCGUCGCUUCUGGCAGCUCUCCCUGUCAGCGCCGAUGGCUUGUAUACUAAGAAAUCGCCUGUGCUGCAGGUAGAUGCGAAGACUUACGAUCAGCAUAUCGCGAACUCGAACUACCCGUCGAUCGUAGAAUUCUACGCGCCAUGGUGCGGCCACUGCCAAAACCUCAAACCCGCCUACGAGAAAGCAGCCAAGAACCUAGACGGCUUGGCCAAGGUAGCCGCGGUCAACUGCGACGAUGACACAAACAAGCCCCUCUGCGGCCGACUGGGCGUCCAGGGCUUCCCGACGCUCAAGAUCAUGACCCCGUCCAAGAAGCCCGGCAAGCCGAGAGUGGAAGACUACCAGGGCGCGCGGAGCGCCAAAGCCAUCGUGGACGCGGUCGUGGACCGCAUCCCGAACCAUGUCAAGAAGGUGACGGACAAGGACCUGGACGGGUGGCUUUCCGAGGACGAAGAGAGCCCCAAGGCUCUCCUGUUCACGGAGAAGGGCACGACCAGCGCCCUCAUCCGCGCCCUCGCUAUCGACUUCCUGGACUCGAUCAAGGUCGGCCAGGUCCGCAGCAAGGAGUCCGACGCGGUGGAGAAGUUCGAGGUGGAGAGCUUCCCCACCCUCGUCUUGCUCCCUGGGGAGGGCAAAGAUCCUAUCGUUUAUGAUGGCGAGCUUAAGAAGCAGCCCAUGGUCGAGUUCCUCAGCCAGGCUGCGGCGCCCAACCAAGACCCUGCCCCCGCCAAGUCCAAAUCCUCCAAGUCAACCAAAGCGACCAAGUCCGCUGAAAGCUCCAGCAAGCCAACUCAAUCAACGGAGUCAAAGGCUGCUGACGAUGAAGAUAAUGACAACGCGCAGGAAAAGCCCGCAGCCCAACCCCCCGUCCAGUCCCACACCAUUGACACGCUCGCAUCCGCAGAAGCCCUAGACUCCGCCUGCCUCAUGCCCAAAUCCGGUACCUGCGUCCUGGCUCUUGUCCCCGAGUCCAGCGAGUCCGGCCCCGCACAGGAAGCCCUGGCGAGCCUUGCCGAGAUCGCGCACAAGCACGCACUCAGACAGACGAAGCUCUUCCCCUUCUACAGCGUACCCAGCACCAAUGACAAAGCCCAGUCCCUGAGAGACGGUCUGGGCCUGUCGGCGGAUGCCACGGAGGUCGAGAUCAUCGCUGUCAACGGACGUAGGGGCUGGUGGAGGAGGUAUGAUGGUAGCGCCGCCUACGGGCAGAAGGCGGUAGAGACCUGGAUCGAUGCCAUCAGACUAGGUGAGGGGUCGAAGAGCAAGCUGCCGGAGGGCAUUGUUGGCGCUGCGAAGGAGGAGGCUGCAGCCGAUCACGAUGAAUUGUAAGUUGGUAUGACUGUCUGCCCCAGGGUAUAGCGGGCGUUUAGGAUACCAUACUCGUGAAAAAUGGCUCGAAAGAGUAGCGCAGGGUAAAUGUAGUUUAAC